UGAUGCUUCUCGCACAACCUCCUCUUCUUCAUUGAAUGUUUCUUAUGGAUCCCACCAUUUCUCUCCUUCUUCUCCUUGUUUUAACAUCUUUCUUCACUAGUUUGCGAAUAGCUGAAGCUCUAACGUCAGUCACUCGAAUCACAAUAGUGGGCGCAGUUUAUUGUGACACAUGUUUGAGCAACAGUGUCUCCAAACACAGCUACUUCUUGCCUGGUGUGGAUGUUCAUUUACAGUGCAAAUUCAGAGCAAUUGCUCCCAAAAUGGCGGAGCAAAUGGCCUUCUCUGUCAACAGAACAACAGAUAAAUAUGGAGUAUAUAGAUUGGAAAUUCCAUCUGUGGAUGGAAUCAAUUGUGUUGAUGGUAUGACAAUGCAGUCAUUUUGCCAGGCAAGCUUAAUAGGAAGCCCAUCUGAAGUUUGCAAUGUCCCAGGUUUAAGAACUACUUCGGAAGAGAUAUCAGUCAAGUCUAAGCAAGAUAAUCUAUGUAUAUUCAGCUUAAAUGCUUUGAGUUAUAGGCCAAUGAAGAAGAAUGAAAGCUUAUGCGGGAGUAAGAAAGAGAAAAAUCCAGAUCCCUUGACCUCCUCAAAGUUUUUUCUCCCUUUCUUCCCUCCUUAUUCCCUCCCUUUCCCCUUUCCUCCUCUUCCACCAUUCCCUUCCUUUCCUUCACCUCCACUUCCUCCACUGCCUCCACUGCCCCCACUGCCCCCUGUUCCAUUUUUUCCUCUCCCUACUUGUCCUAACCCACCAUCUUUACCAUUUCCUUUCCCACCUUUGCCUCCUUUAUUUCCUUCACCUCCAAGUCCACCUCAACCAUCUACACCACCUCCGCCACCCCCAUUUAGUCUCAGUGAUCCAAGGACCUGGAUACCCUAUGUUUCUCCAUUUUCUCCUCCACCGCCUCCGCCAUCAUCACCACCUCCAUUCAGUCUCAGCGAUCCAAGAACCUGGAUACCCCAUCUUCCUCCAUUUUCCCCUCCCCCACCUCCUGCUUUCGAUCCCCGAGACCCGAGAACCUGGAUUCCCAAUAUCCCUCCAUUUUCUCCUUCCCCACCUCCUGCAUUUAAUCCUAGAGACCCCAGAUCAUGGAUUCCUCGUAUUCCUCCAUUUUUCCCUCCCCCACCUCCAUCAUUCGACCUUAGAGACCCCAGAACAUGGAUACCCCAUUUGCCACCAUCCCCUCCACAAGGCCCUCAAAAUCAAAAACCCUAAUAUUGUGCUUUGUUUUCCCUCCUCUUUACCACUACAAAUUUUCUCUCAAUAUGAUAUUGUUUGAUGUGUGCUUAUGUAUUUUUCCGGUGUCCUGUCCAUUCAGGCAAAACAACAAACACCUUGUGUGCCAAUAUAAUUCAUGUACAGAAAACAAAAGGGGAUUUGUCUGUUAAUAUGAUUAAUCAAGAAGCUGGAUAUCAUCAAUGUAUUAUUUCAUUAAUCUUCAAAUUUGCAAGAAAAGCUUACAUUCUUAAGUCUUUAGAGAAUGAUACAAAAAGGAACACAAAGAAACUCAUAGACCGUCAGUACCUUUGCUUCCGUAUAAUACCACCGCAACAAAACAACCCCCCCAAAAAAAACUAGAAAAGGAAUUGAAUUGCCUUCAAUACAGAAUACCUUUUCUACCUAACUUGAGCGGUGGCAAUGGCGAAUGAGAUCAUUCACUUCUUGUUUUCUUUUCCUUCUUUUUCUGUUUCUGAUGCCUUUUUGAUGUGAUAAUAUGAAUUCAUGAUCCCAAACUAAAUUCCUUUUUACAGUAGGUCUUUUAGCCUCUUCACGACUUCAUCUAUCUUCUAAAUGGAUCACAUUCUUCUGUGCGGAAAUACAACUACUCAUCCAGCUCAACAACCUUAACAAGCAAUCAAUU